AUGCGUAAGCUCCGUGCUCAGGUGGACUGCGCAGAGUGCCAGUAUGAAACCAUGGAACUGGAGAUUCCAUUACACAAACAUAGACAGCUCCGCAACGACUUUUCACGGGACAUGCGUCAUUAUCAAGAGUUUAAAGACCAAAGCGUGGUGCCGUCAAGCCCGUUUGAAGCUGCCUCCACAUCAGCUUCAAGGAAGAAGGCUUUGGACACCGCCUUGUUCAAAAUGAUGUACACCGACAUGCAGCCAUUUAGCAUCGUGGACAGGAAUGGCUUCAGGGACUUCGUUGCGACGCUUGACCACAAGUACACACUGCCAACGCGGGACCAUCUGAAGGACGAAAUGCUUCCGAAAGUUGUGGAAGACGUCUCGGCGAUAAUUAAAGCCCAGCUCAACGCUACUGAACACUGCGCGUCUGUGCUAGACAUCUGGACAUCAAGGAGCAUGGAGAGUUUUCUGGCCAUUAGCGUGUCGUUUGUUGACGAGGCAUUUAAGCCACACCUCGUGCUUCUUACUUGCAAAGAGCUUACCUGCCGGCACACAGCGGACAAUAUUAGCGCGGAAUACGAAUCUGUGAUAUCAUCUUGGGGGAUAGCACAUAAGGUGCGCCGGGUUGUGACCGAUAAUGCAUCGGCUAUGGUUAAAGCUUUCGCUCUUCCUGGCUGGACAGCACAGGAGGACGAGCCCGAUGAUGAUGACGCUGAUGUCAUCGUUAUUGCAGACAAAGAGCCGGAAGUGAGGUUGGCGUCUCACUUCGGGUGCACUGCUCACAAAUUACAGCUGGUUGUGAAAGAUGGCCUAAAGGAUCGUGCAGCCUCGGAUGUCCUUAAGAAGUGCUCGAACAUUGUGAGAUAUGUGCGGAAGAGUCCAGGAGAUACGAAAAUCAUACUUGAAGCGUCGGGGCUCCACUUAAACGCUGCUGUUACAACACGCUGGAAUUCCCAACUGGCCAUGGUACGGAAGGUACUACGCGUCUUCCAGGCCGCCCCCAAUUUAACGGAUAAGCUGUCUGCAUGCAAGAAGGAGCGGCUGAAUAGUUAUGAGCUGCGGCUGCUAGGAGACCUUGUGGCAGUGCUAUCACCAUUUGAAGAGGCAACAAACGUGCUACAGCGAGACUUUGAAACUGUCGGCCUCCUUCUCCCUGCUCUCGCGAACCUGGAACAGUCAUUGCUUCGAUUGAAAGAAGAGACGCUGCCGGCGUUAAGCAAAGUUUUGUCAGCACUUUCGGAAGGACUGAAGAAACGGUUUGAACCUGCCUACGACGACGACUUCUUCCUCGUCGGCACCUUUCUGGACCCCUGCUUCAAGUUAGAGUGGUGCAAGGACGAGCGUGUCAAGGAAGCUAUGAAAGCGCGAACACUAAGCUUCAUCCCAUCAGGUCCCGAACCUCCGGUCCGGAGGAUCGCAGUGCUCCUGCUCAACAAAAGAAACGUUCACUCUUUGGGGAGUUGA